GCCAAUACCCUGGCUGUCACUUUUUCUCCACUCCACUCUCUUUCUGUGUGUCAUCCCCAGGCAACCGGACUGGACUAAGAACAAACAUCCCCCGGUUUCAGGACUGGAAAAAUAAACAUGAGGAGCUACAUCAAACAAACACCAAUGAAAAUGCACAAGUUGUUAGCAGAACUGAUGAUCCUGCUGGGAAUUAUUGAAUUGAGCUGCAGUGCAGUUCAGAGGCCUGACUAUGAUGACACAUCAAACCCGGAGUUUCUCAACCCAUCGUGGAUGUCCAGUAUCCCUGAUAACCAGCCCCUGUCUGCAGUCACCAUGCCAGGGACCCACAACACCAUGGCCUUGUAUGGUGGGGUGUAUGCCGAGUGUCAGAGCUGGAGCCUAGCCAGCCAGCUCCGUGCUGGCAUUCGUUUCCUGGAUGUUCGUGUGCGUCAAGUCAAUGGGAACCUCACCAUCCACCACGGGGUGUCCUACCAGCGUGCGCACUUUGGCCAUGUACUGGAGGGUGUGGCUGACUUCUUGCGUGAGUAUCCAACUGAGACAGUACUGAUGCGUGUAAAAGAAGAGUUCAGUGAGACAAAUGACAUCUAUGGUGCCGUGGUCGACUACAUCCAUCGCUACGCUCACUGGGAUCUGCUGUGGCACAGCAGACUGGUGCCAACCAUGGGUAUGGCCAGAGGGAAACUCAUUAUCCUGCAAGAUUUUUCUGGGCCAGACUUGGGGAUGCGCUAUGGCUCCCUGGACAUAGCAGAUGACUGGAAGGUGCCCACACUUCUUCAUUUGGAUGAGAAAUGGGAGAGUGUCUAUAACCACCUGGAGGCAUCGCCCUCAGGAAACAUGGCACAGAUUUUUCUCACCUACAGCAGUGGAGCUGGUUUGUUUGCCCAUCCACGAAGCGUUGCGCAGCUUAUCAACCCCCAGCUGUACGACUAUCUGCAAGGCAAGACGGACUUGAACCAGCGCUUUGGAAUCAUAUGCAUGGACUUCCCUGCGUCUCCUAUUAUUCGAAUGAUCAUUGACUUCCAGCUGAAAAAAGUUCAAAACAAAGGAAAUUUAUUUAACUUAUUUUUCCAAAAGGGAAAUACAGGAUGGACACAAAAAGUUUCUUCAGAGAACAGUAAGACCAAAAACUGUACUGAUAAAGCCUGAGCCAGAUUACAGAAGAAAACUCAACUUUCAUUUAAACAAACAUGAUUUGAACUUUGUAGCCUGAUUACACCACUAGGAAGUUAUUGUCAACAUGCAGCACCAGUCAAAAGUCUUCACUUUCUCACUAAAUCCAAUGGAUAAGUGUGUCCAAACUAUUAACUGGAAUGUACCUUCUCACUAAAUAUAGGCAAUGCUAUUCCAAGUGCAAUGCUGGGGAUGUUUUACAUGACAAAUUUGCUAAAUGUAGGCUAUUUUUUGGUAAAAUUCAUAAAAAAAAAACACACCAAACUUCCAGCUAGCUUUGUGUCAAAAUCUUCCAUCAAAUAUGAUCAGUCAGUAGGUAAAAUAAAAAAAAUGAGGCCUCUCACAAAUAAAA